AUGUUUGGAUCAUCAGGCACGUUUGGGGGCCAAUCGAACCCCUUUGCAACGAAUUCUAAGUCGACAGCUUCUGGAUUUGGUUCUGGAGGUAUUGCAAACACUAGUCAAGGAUUUGGAAAUUCGGGUUUUGGCAGUUCUGGUUUUGGCAGCUCUGGUUUUGGUAGUUCUAGUUUUGGAAAUUCCGGACCAGGAAGCUCUGCAUUUGGGAGUUCAGGAUUCGGAAGUUCAGGAUUCGGAAGUUCAGGAUUCGGGAAACCUGCAUCUACAACCACCAGCAACGGCACGGGAUUUGGCGAUGCUGGAUUUGGAAGUUCAGCAUUUGGCGGUAACAAUAAUACCACGCUGGCAUUUGGAGCACAGAGCAAAUCCACAUCACAACCCAGCCAUUUCGGAGCAUUUCUGAAUAGUAUAGGAUCAGCGUUUGGAAAUCAAACAAGUCAACCUAUUACAUCAGCGUUUGGAUCGAGUCUGACACAAGGGUCAACUGGUGGAGCAUUUGGAGUAGCUGCAAACACCUCGUCUCUGUUUGGUAAUGCUGCCUCUAGCAAUACAACCAGUGCAGGGUUUGGUAAUCCGUCAGCAUCAUCUGCGUUCGGACAAAGCAAUAAAACUACUACACUGUCAGCAUUCGGGGGCAGUGGGUUUGGAAGUAGUGGAUUUGGAAAUGCCAAACCAAAUCAACCACUGGCAUUUGGAUCUACUCCUGCUAGCAUAUCGGUACCAAGUUCCGCAUUUGGUUCAUCGGGCGGGUCUUCCUCGGCAUUUGGAAAUAAUCAAACGUCAACAGCAUCACCAUUUAGUGCCAUUGCAUCGAAUCCCUUUGCACAGCAACAAUCAUCGGUUUCGCCAUUCGGUACCUCUUCAAAUUCAACUGGCACUGGUGCAGUGACCAAUGCGUUUGGACAACCGAAUGCGUCGCUGUCACUGUCACAAUUCGGGCAAGCUAAACCUUCGCUGACGCUGUCACCAUUUGCCUCUGUUGGCAACCUGAACUCUUUCGGUUCAAACCUGGCAUCAAAUCGAACUGGACAACAGGGACCUUCUCUGAUGGUAUUUGGGUCUACAAGUAGUACCAACACAAACUCAGCAUUUCGAUCGACAACUGCUAAUGGAUCGACUAAACCAGAUCACGUCUCAAGUCUGCUUGCCAAAUUAAGUAUAGCUGCACAAGAAGCUUUCAAAGCACCGUCAUUUGAAUUGGGUCACAUCCCAGAUAUCCCGCCACCACCAGAGCUAUGUAUUUAG